AUGGCUGCCAGGGCUGCCUCAACAGAGCCCCAGGACCGGGGAGCCAGCCUCAAGGAGUCUAGCCUGGAGAUGAGCUGUGCUAUGCAGCCGGCGGGCCCCCAAAAGGCUGUCCCCACAGCUCACCUCACUGUCCUUAUUGACUGUGCUACUGGAAAGCAAGUCUUCCUGGCGGCACCCCUAGUGCCACCCCAAGCAUCAAGACCCAGCCAGGGACGUGUCACUCCGCCCAUGAAGACUUUUGUUAUGUUCUGUGGAGAAAACACGCUGCGUGGGACUCAAGACUUUCCACUCAGUUGCAGGCCUCUUGCCGGGAUGAAGUAUACCGUGCCAUCCGACGGAGGACUCCCGGCUCCAGCUUCCCUCCCUGCCAGCCCGCGGUAUCCCCAGGACGAUCCUCAAGCCGAAAGGAGCUUCUUGAAGCCUGGAAGGCACGCAGCUUGGGACACAGUUAAAUGCUCACUCCAGGCGCUCUCUUCCUGUGUCUGUGGGCAGGCUGAGUAG